GCCGCUGGUGGACCCGACUGAUGCCGUUCACACAUACAUACACCAACAGCCAGCCAGCCAGCCAGCCAGCCACGCAGCAGUCGCGCUGUUGGCGCAUUGUAGUCGCGCUAGCCAACAGCCAGCCACCCAGAGAGCCAUGCAGCCGUCAUCAAUCACGCGUGCAUGACCAUAGGGUUGAUGUUCAGCAGCAGCCCAUGCGACUCCUCCAGUUGCUGCGCCAGCAUCUCGCUGUACACACUCAGGAAACACUCAAGCGAACACCUAUCCUCGGCUUCAUCGGCUGACAGCUCGGGUGGGGGCUGCGAUGUGCCGAUGUAGGAAACAUCCUGACACUGAACAAGGAGAUAAACACGGAGACAUGGAUGUACUCAGAAGGAACACAUGCGUACCUUCUGCAAAUGGCAGGCUCUGAGAAAAAGGUCAUCGAGUUGUGAGAUGCUCUCGUAUCCAGCCUUGUCCAGCACAUCCUUCAACUGACAGGCAGACAGACAGACAGGCAGGCAACACGAAGGCGAUAUAGCCAUGGUUCCCUUGAGGAUGUCUCCCUCCCUACAUUCCCACCUCGUCCUUGAUCAUUGGCUGCAGGAAGUCCAGGUCAGCGAUGCCAAUGUCAGCAAAGCUCUGUGGCUUCAGCAACUCGUCCGCACCGACCUCGUCGCCUGCACUCUCAGAUGCAAAGAAUUGAUGCAAUUCUGGAGCCCAGCCUCUUGUUUUGGCAGUACCAUAGUUCUGCCUGUCGGCGACUGAUCGUCUGUGUGGGGCAGGGAUGUCUUUGCGGACACUGGGCACACCGAAGAUGCGCUUCGAAUCAGGCCAAGCAUUCGAUCUGCAUCCUCAGAUCGAGAGACAUGGGGCGAUGGUGACGUGUCUCCUCUUUGCAUGUCUGUUAUUUGUCUGUCUGCGCUGGGGCUAACCUCCCUGGUUUGGUGCAUCUGCCAACGUUGGCGUCAGCUUCUUGGUCAUGCGCGGGAUAGAAGCCCUUGACGAGAUCCUUGACCUUCACCUCAUCCUCGCCUGCCAACCAUCACUUACCAUCAGAAGAGCUGCCUGUCCCCAUUUGUCUCUACCUGAAGGCAGGCCGUAGAAGAAAUCAGGCGGCACGGGGGGCGCCCCAUGCCCCUUGGUCUUGGAUCGACCGAUCUCCCCAUUCGUGACCUUCCGAAAGUCCUCCGUCAACUGGAUGCAAGAGGGCGAGUAGCUUUGUAUUCAUCUGUCUUCGUGUCUCGCCGUCGCAGCUUACCUUGCCGACGAUUUUAGUCUUGGGGUAGGCUCCAGGGUCAGGUUUGUUGCCUGCGGCAACCUGAAGGUCGUGACAACCGACCAUGCUCUUGCGAGUGCCAUCGAGCUCCUGCAGUGCAAGACAAACAAGACAUAGAUUUCAUUUUCUGCAUCAGUAUGUGUCUCACUCACCCACCGGGUACUUUUCAGUCGCUCCGAAUGCGUAUGUGUUUGGAUUGACACCCUCUGGCCACUGGUACCGGCGGUUGACAGGCUCGCCUGGAUCAUAGUCGCUGUGCGUCUUCUUGUAACGCUCCUUUAUCUCGUCUGUCACGCGUAUGCAUGCAGACGUUUGACAGAUGUGUGCCUUCUCGUGGCGUCUGACCCGUUUCCAGUGGUUUCUCCCUCGGCCAGAUGGCCCUCUUGACCGCAUCCUGACCUGAAGCGACGACAAUCAAUGGAGGCAGUGGACCACGAUGGCGUCGCAUUUCGUACCCUCGGGGCUCUGUUUCACACCAAAGCGGAAGCCGGCCUCAUCCGUCUCUGAAUGGCAAAGCCACACGACGCAACACACAUACGCUCGAUUAGGCAUCCCGGGCUGUUGACUUACUUGCGGGAAGGACGUGGCCCCGGAACAUGGACUUGCCCCGAGGCUCCCUGCACACACAUCAACACAUACUAACAGCAUGUACAUGAGAGCCAUUGAGACACGCCCUCUACCUUCUUCUGCUAGCGUAGAGUGUCUCUUCCUUGCGGUCAUCAUCGAAGGCCUUGAGGCCGAACUUGAGCUGCGACUUCAUCACAUCGGCCGCCGUCACGCCCUGCACAGACCUGCGCACAUGGCACUCGAGACAGAGGAGUGAAAACCGAGUGCCUUCUUAUGUGGCUCACGUUUGUCCGAAUCGUGAUGUGAAUGGGUCGAUGGGGAGGCCCUCCCUGAGUCCCCAGUGCAGGUUGUUGGCGCCUUGCGUCAUGUUCUUGCGAUACUUCUUCUCUCGAGGGGGUGUAGACGGAGGCUGACAGAGAUAGACGGGGGAGGCAGGAGAUAGGGAGAAAUGUCAGUGCAGCAAGGGUAUUUGCUCGCCUGGCGGUAUUUCUCCGGGUGUAUGCAGGUCUCUGUUGACUCGCCGUCGUGGACAUGGCCCUUGCCAGCCGGGACAAUGAAUGGGUAGGGGUCCUUCUGCAGUGGCCUUGCGCCACUUGCCAUGCCGGGCAUGGGAGGGCCGGGCACACCAACCUGCAAUGUCGUCAUACUUGGCGACGGCUCCGGGACCCUCACUGAACUGACGUUAGGCGAGCUCCUGGGUGGGCGGCGUUCGCGUUCGCGUUCGCUUUCACUUUCGCGUUCGCGUUCGGCGAGAACACGCUCGGAGAGGGGAAGGAGGCGUGGAGGAGGGGAAAAACGUGGCGAACGGUGGGAGCCCG